AUGGAUGAUCGUCAGCGGGAUCCCUAUCAAACUCCGCCACCGAGCCCUUAUAGGUCUCCCCCACAUAGAAUUCUUGAUAUAUCUCCGCCGAAGGGUGCUUCGUCUAGGCCUUCGCAGUUAGACCCUCGUGCUCAGAGGACCUCAUCUACUGCUGGUCCAAGAGCUUCAUCUGUCAAGAAAGAGGAUCAGACGAAGGGUCCUCAGGGUUCUAGGUAUGCCAUUAAUCGCCCUGCUGCUUCUCAACGUGUUGUGCCAGAAAAUAUGCAGACCCCUUCGCCUCAUCGUAUUGAGCCGCUGAAUGCCCAGCCUCUUCGUUUUAUUGAUCCACUUACGAUGCCCCUACAGAAACCUACAGCUCCACCUUCUACCGUUCCUGUGAGAGGAAAAUCUACUAAGGGUCCCGCAUCGAAGGCUGAUUUAUCAAAGAAUCAUCCUACCAAAAGGAAAGCUUCAGAUAUGAGUCCCCCUAAGAUACCUUCGUCGGAUCCUACUGACGAUUCGGACACUGCCCUACUUAUACGAAGCGUCACAGUUGGUAAAAAGAAGGUUACUUUCAAGCACGUAGACCAUGCAGCGUUCAAGGCGAAACAUUAA